AUGAAGGCCUCAAACACCACAUCGUCCUCGGAAGAGAAUUACGGUGCCCUCCCAUCGUCUUACCGCCGUCUGCGUAAGUCUAGGUCCAUGCACCCCUCUCGCUCCAUCCGCCAAAUCCCCUUCUUGAAAGCCUCCAAGUCUCUGAGCAGGCUCUCGCCUCGCAGAGGGUGGAGACUUGCACCAUCGCCAGCAAUACCCGACCUCCAGGCGACUCGAUACAAGACCGACCUCGACCGACCUGACAGUACUGCCCGACGCUCCUUUCGGGAAAAAUAUCCCGACACCGACGGCGAAAAACAAUGGAGAUACACUACGAGGUCAAAUAUACCGGUCCAGCCUGGGGACGUGAUUUCAGAGCGCUCAAGCUCAGGGGCAGUCAAAAGCUCGUUGAGGUCAUUCUCUGCCACCAUCCGAAGUCGAGUGAAACGCUUUCUCAGCUUCACCCACCUCCACCAAACCCAUCAAACCCAACUGGCCGAGCAGCACUUGGACGCCUUCGACGUUGUCGCCAACAACCUCGAUGCACGUACUAUCGUUGACGAGUCCGACAAUAAAUCCUUCUCAGACGAGCAAUAUGACACGGUCCCCCAUAUUGUUCCCCCCGUGGCGAGUCGCGAUAGUCUGGUGUCCAACAGCCAGUCAAGAGUCACGAGCUGGACGAACUCCAGUGUCACUUCACUCGGUCUGCGGUCAGCCUCUGCCCAGAAACACCGUCUUUCAGUGAUCAAAGAAGAUGGCGGGCCUCAUCAACCAUCCUCCUCCGCUGGCCGUCAUAUUGGCGGCGUUGUCUGUGUGAAGAGCUCGAGACAGACCAAGACCAGUGCCAGCCCAAUUCUCCCACAGGUUGACAGUCAGAGAAUAUACUCGGCGCUGAUCAAAAGAAUAAGCGAGGAAGAAGCCGAGCUCGAGCGUACCAGAGCUGCUGUCGAAGCCAUCGACUCCGUCAAAACCCCGAUACAACUCGAUGAAUUGCCGAUCUCCCGUAGCGAUCCAACGAUACGGAUGGUACAAAGUGAUUCGAUGCUGAGCUCUUUAGUGUCUCCCGCCCAAAGCCCAUCCAACGACGAUGACACAUGCCACCGCAAUGACGGCAAUAGCCACGCGGUGUCAACUGGUGACACACAAGCAGUCCGCGGGUCAGAGAAGCCUAAAUACACAAUGGACGCACAGUUUACAUUCUUCCCAUCUUCUCCUGAGCGUCGAUCUACAGCGCCUAGCCCAUUUAGAAAGCUCAUGAGUGAAAAAGACGACAACAACCAAUGUCAAGAUACUUCAUGGUCAAACCGUCUCGCAAGUUACCCCUCCAUCGCUGAACCCGGUAGUGAUAGGAGCAUUUACUCCACACCAUCGUUGAAUGACAUUUCUAUGGCUUCGGCUGCAAAUGGCAGUCUUCCAGUCCAUCAGUCGGCCGUGGUAGCAUCAGAACCACCUAGUGCAGAGAGACGCAGCGGUCAAGAGGAAGACCAAAUAGGAGAGACUCCGCCAGUCAGCACACCCGGUCGUCUUCACUUUGUGUCCCCUACGGCGGUGUCGACAUGUACCACUCCCAGUCCAUCCCUCCAGCACCGUUUUGUCGCCCGUCUGAGUCGCCCGUUUAACAUGGACGUCCCUACACAGAAUCGCCCAUUUGACAGCAUGUAUCUAGGGAAAAGGACUCCAGGACAUGCAGACACUCUCGGAAACAGUCGGUUGAGUGUCGCACCGCGCAAGUCCAAAAGCUAUGGAGCUCUACAAUGCGAUGAGGCAGGUCAUUUUGGAGACGUUCAAAGCAGUGGGCAUUCCACAGGAUUGUCUUCCAGAACAAGGGCAGCUUCCAAGGUCAUGGGUAUCCUUGGUUCCAAUCGAAUUGUAAGCAAUUUCCUGAAAAGCCGCAGGGAAAGGUACGGUGGCGCUACAGAGGCCAACAAUGCCACGGAUGAGAGUCCCCGGUUCCUAUGA